UUAUGUUUACUUUUUUCAGUAUCGAAAGUUGAUGAAACUGCAGAGAGUACAAAACUAUUAAGUGCAAACUUCUAAUUGCAAAUUGCAGUUAUUUGGUGUGUUUUAUAUGUUGGUUGAUAUAGAGGAUUUAAAAUUAUUUUAGUUCAUUAUUAUGAUUUCUCUGUACUAAUGAUGAUAAUUAGGAUACACAUUAUGCAAAUCUAAAAUUAUUAAAACUUGUCAUUCAUUGUUAUUGUAAUUAUGGUGAACAUUGAUUAUGAAAACAUUAAAAAGUAUCCUACUGUGGAAUGUGCUCUUUGUGGAUUUUUGUUUCGAAAUAAAACAAGUCUAAAAAACCAUCUUGACUCUAUGCACAAUGAUGGAAGUAAAAUUGUAUCAGGUUUUAUAACGAAAAGACCUAGAAAAUCUACUGAUUUAAAAUGUAUGGAAAAAGGAUGCAAAUGUAAAUUUUACAACAAACAACUCUUUAUUAGUCAUUUGAAAUUUGAUCAUUGUAUUGAUUUUGACAUACGCAGUUUGAAGUUCACCUCAGAAGAUGGUUUUCUAACAUGGAAAGAAGACUUUGAACAAGAAAAUAAUAGUCGUUAUGUCCGUGUUACUGGUUGUAAGACACUUCAGGAUGGUAAGAAACUUUCUUAUUACUACUGUAAUCGGUCUACAUAUUUCACUAGUAAGUCUAAAGGAGUGCGAAAACGCAGUACUCCUAUUAAAGUAAAAGGGUUAUGUACUGCAUCUAUUAAAGAAAUUCAAAACAAAGAUGGCUCUGUUGAAAUAUUAUUAUGUGCUACACACUAUGGUCAUGACAUAUCAACUGAACAUAUGAGAAUGACCAAACGUGAACGAGAAGAAAUUACUGAAUUAAUUCAACGAGGAGAUCAUCCAGACUUUGUCAUUAAUGCUGCUCGUGCCAAGGCAUCAGAUUCAUUGGGACGUGUUCAUAUGUUAAAUAGGAAAGAUAUUAAGAAUAUUGAACGUAAAUUAGGAAUUAGACAUCCAGAAUUUAUUAAACAUAGGACAAUCAAUGAUCUCAGCACAGAUAGAUGGAUUUUGAAAUUACAACGUACUCCUGAUAAUCCUAUAUUGUUUUAUAAGCCUAAUAAUGUAGCAUGUGAAAACUUUGAGUUUAAUGAUGUUAUGUUAAUAUUUAUGACUCGAAAUCAACAUAAUUGGAUAAAUAAAUUUGGAACAGAUGGAAUAUUCAUGGUCACUGAAAUGAGUAUGGUUCGUGCUCAAUUGUAUUUGACUGUGUUGUAUGUGUGUGAUGAAUUUAAUGUGAUGCUACCAGUAUGUUUUAUGAUGUGUAAUGAUAGUAAAAUUUAUCAAUCAUUUUUUUUAAAUAUCAUUUUCAAUAAAAUGGGCUGUAUUUAUGCUAAAGCAUUAAUCACUGAUGAUAACUAUGAUUUGUAUGAAAGUUGGUGCUCAAUUAUGUCACCAGUUAGACAUGUUAUUAACCAAAGAUAUAUUGAUAAUCAAAUAAUAGAAAAACUUCAAACUGAAAUCGAAAAUCAAGAUUUACAACAUGAAAUUUAUGAUAAAAUAUGUACAUUUUUUAAUGCACCCGAUGAAAGUAUUAAACAAGAAAUUAUAAAUUAUACUAAUAAUAACCUUAAGAUGAACAAUGAAACAAAACUAUUUGGAAUAUUUUUUGAUCAGAUGUUUGCUAGUAGAGCUGAUAUGUGGGCUUUCUGUUAUUUAAAAGAGUCUCUUAACUUAAAUAAAAUGAUUAAUAUUAACACUGUUUAUAACCAAAUGAUAGUACUCUGUGAAAACAAAAAACAUUUUACUCCAAAUUUAUCAAAAAAUAUGCACAUUUUCUUUACAGCUCUCUUAGAAAUUCAGAAAAAUAGAAAAACUAAAAUUGAAGAAAUCAAUAUUAAAAUUUCCAAUAAUCACAAAAACGCAAUGUGUUAUCCAUCUAAACUUAUUUUCCCCCUUUCUAAUAAUAAAUGGCGGGUUACACUAGAUGAUGGUUCAGAUGAUGGCUAUGUGACAGUUACUAGAAAGUUUUGUAAAAUCAUAGAUUGCACGGUCAAGUGUCAAACAUGUUAUAAUAUUUGUGCACAUAUUUAUGAAUGUUCGUGUAGACGAGGAGAAAUUACUAUAUGUGAACAUGUUCAUAUGUUAGGCAUCUUUAACAAAAGGUCAUUAAUUGAUAUUGAUGAACAACUAAAAGAGGAAAAAAUGGAUGUUGAAGACUUAAAAACAAACAUUUUGUUAAAACUAAAAAGAGUUCUUGGCAAUAUAGACUUUGUCAAUGAUGAAGAAAUACUUAGAAGAAUCAGUGUGUCAUUAAGUAGAGUAGAAAAUAGUAUUACUAAAGCAAAAAGUACUGAUGAUUGGUAUGACAAUUAAUAAUUAGAACAUUUCUUAGUAUUAUUAAGCAUUGUUAUUGAUUUUAUAAAAUCAAUAGUGUAAUAGUGA